UCACCAUUAUUAUCGGUGUUCACUGUCAGCUAUAAAUUCCUCCUAGUGUAAAAUGAACAACAUCUUCAAUCUCUCUCUCUCUCUCUCUUUCUCAUUCUCAUUCUCAUACACUACCACACAUUGGGACAGCCAUGUCAACACUGAACCCUCUUUUUGAUCUUCCUGAACAGAUAUGUUACGUACAAUGUGGAUUCUGUACAACAAUAUUAAUGGUAAGCGUCCCAUGCAGCAGUUUGUCGAUGGUGGUGACUGUCAGAUGUGGACACUGCACAAGCCUCCUUUCUGUUAAUAUGAUGAAAGCUUCCUUUUUCCCUUUCCACCUUCUAGCUUCCGUUACUCAUGUUGAGCCAAAGAGAGGAAGUUCAGAAGAUGGUGCAAACAUGACUUUGAACAGCUAUGAUGCAUCCAUAAUGACGCAUCCUGACUGUGAGGAAGAGAACGUGACUCAAAUGACCAACGUGAAUAAACCCCCAGAGAAGAGGCAGCGAACACCAUCUGCAUAUAACCGCUUCAUCAAAGAAGAGAUUAAAAGGCUAAAGGCUGAAAAUCCUAACAUGGCUCACAAGGAGGCUUUCAGUACUGCGGCAAAAAAUUGGGCCAAUUUCCCCCCUUCUCAGUGUAAAGGAGAUGAAGACAGCUGUAACCUGACAGACCAACUUCUGGAACUGGACUCCAAUGUAGAGCCCAGUGAUGCUAUUGAGGUGAAUAAAGAAGGCCAAGGUUUCCAUGGAAAAAAGGUUCCAAGGAGUUCUAGCUAUCUGGUCAAGGACACCUUUUGAGUGAAAAAAGGCUCGGCGCACAUAGCAACCAUCUCUUCUCUGUCUUAACAUUAAAGUUAGAUGCUAUGAGGAAUGAAAACGAGUUGAGUAGGAAUAGGAUAGAUGGCUAACAGUUUCAGUCUUCAAUUAUUCAUUUUUAACUCAUGAUUCUACUACACCUGUGCUACUCUUCUGUUAAAUUAUGAAGUAAAUUCUAGAAAAGAAAAGGAAAAUUCUAGAAAUCAUAGGAUAUAGCAAGUGUCUAGAAAUUUUUUUUUAAAAAAAAGUGUAGACUAACCAGGGACUUGAAAAAUCUAGAAAUAGUAGAAAUUUUCACCAUCAUCUGAAGGUGGUGCACCAUGAUUAUAAAUAGGCAAAC